AUAGAAAAUCCACAAAAUAUUUAAACACUAAAUAAUAUAAAUUUCUAAGGUGGGAAAACGAUUGGCUGAGAGUGCGAACUCCGUAUUGAGGUACACAUUCUGAGAGUCGCCAGUGCCGCCUGGAAGAAAUGAAGCCCCACCACACUCACCGAGGCUUCACCUCCAGACCACCACCAGCACUACAUCUAUACCCCACUCACCGCCGCCUCAGUGUUUCACCAGAAAUCGAUCUCCGGCCACGAAUCUCGCCGGAAAACCAUCGUUCAAGGCAUGUUUCAGCCAAGAAGCGACGCCGCAUCACUCUCAACAUCCGCCAUAUUGCCGAAAAUUCCGGCGAAUUUGGCCGGAGUUCGACUACGGGAAGGCGUGAUGUGCUGGUCACGCCGUUCCUGGCAAUCGGUGCUUGUUUUUUGAGGUCAGCGGUGGCGAGAGCGGAUGAGAAGACGCUGGAGAGUGGUGCUGCCACACCCCCGCCCGAGACGGUGACGGCCACGACGGCUCCUCCGGUGGCGAAGGUUGAGGAGGAGGCUAUAAGUUCGAGAGUUUAUGAUGCGACGGUGAUCGGAGAGCCGAUGGCGGUGGGGAAGGAUAAGAGGAAGGUUUGGGAUAAGUUGAUGAAUGCUAGGGUUGUGUAUUUAGGUGAAGCUGAACAAGUUCCGAUUGGUGAUGAUAAGGUAUUGGAGCUUGAGAUUGCGAAGAAUUUGAGAAAGAGGUGUUUGGAGGCUGAACGUCCGUUGUCUUUGGCUUUGGAAGCUUUUCCUUGUAAUUUACAGGAACAGCUCAACCAAUACAUGGAUAAAAGAAUUGAUGGAGAAACCCUAAAGUCUUUUGCAUCACAUUGGCCACCUCAACGCUGGCAGGAAUAUGAGCCACUCUUAACUUACUGUCGUGAUAAUGGGGUUGGCCUUGUUGCUUGUGGUACUCCACUUGAGGUCUUGAGGACUGUUCAAGCUGAAGGUAUUCGUGGUCUUUCUAAAGCUGACCGUAAAAUUUAUGCUCCUCCAGCUGGUUCAGGAUUCAUUUCAGGCUUUACUUCUAUCUCGCGCAGAUCAUCGGCUGAUAUUAACUUUCCUAGCCAGUCUGCUUCUUUUGGGCCAAGUUCAUAUCUAUCUGCACAAGCAAGAGUAGUGGAGGAAUACACAGUGUCCGAGGUCAUCUUACGAGCGAUGUCAAAUGGAAGAGCCACUGGUAUGCUAGUAGUGGUUACUGGUGCAAGCCAUGUUACAUAUGGGUCAAGUGGGACUGGGCUACCAGCAAGAAUUUCAAGGAAGAUACCAAAGAAAAAUCAAGUUGUUAUCUUACUUGACCCGGAAAGGCAAUACAUAAGAAGGGAGGGAGAAGUUCCUGUUGCUGAUUUCUUAUGGUAUUCUGCUGCCAGACCCUGCAGUAGGAAUUGUUUUGAUCGUGCUGAAAUUGCCCGAGUGAUGAAUGCAGCUGGCAGGAGGAGAGAUGGCCUACCCCAAGACCUUCAAAAAGGACUUGAUCUUGGUGUGGUAUCCCCGGAAGUCCUGCAGAAUUUUUUUGAUCUGGAGCAAUAUCCUUUUAUUUCAGAACUCACUCAUCAAUUCCAGGGAUUCAGGGAGAGAUUAUUGGCAGAUCCCAAAUUUUUACAUAGACUAGCUAUAGAAGAAGCUAUAUCAAUUACAACUACUCUCUUAGCACAGUAUGAGAGGCGUAAAGAAAAUUUCUUUGAAGAGCUUGACUAUGUUAUUACGGAUACUGUCAGGGGAUCAGUUGUUGAUUUUUUCACUGUAUGGCUUCCUGCUCCAACCUUGUCUUUCCUUUCAAUUGGAGAUACGAUAGAUACACCAGACAGCGUGGAAACAUUAAAGGGCUUACUUGGUUCCAUACCUGAUAAUGCAUUUCAAAAGAAUAUUGCUGGGAAGGACUGGAAUGUGAAUCAUAGAGUUGCAUCAGUACUUUUUGGUGGUUUGAAGCUUGCUGGUGUUGGAUUUAUUUCCAGUAUUGGCACUGCGGUUGCCUCAAAUAUUUUGUAUGCAGUACGCAAAUUACUGAAUCCAGCACUUGACACCAAACAACGGAUUAAAAGAUCACCAAUACUUAAAACAGCAGUUGUGUAUGGGGGCUUUUUGGGAACUUCAGCAAAUCUCCGGUAUCAGGUUAUUGCUGGAAUAGUGGAGCACAGAAUUUCUGAUCAAUUUGCCUCUCAAACAUUACUUGUAAAUAUGCUAUCUUUUUUUGUUCGGACUGUCAACUCCUAUUGGGGAACCCAGCAAUGGGUCGAUUUAGCGCGGUUUACAGGACUGCAAGCUACGAAGAGCGAACCACCCUCUUUCCAGACUCCAGAUUCUCCAAAUCAAGCUGCACUGGAAUGCAACGCUCCAGAAGAGGCUGCUAUUGAUGAAAUCAAGAAUCAGUGAGGUCAUAAUUCUUCUUCAUUUGUUAGUUUUUGAAGCUUCCAAUACAACUGUUAUACAUCAAUCCGAGUUUCCAACCUACAAGUGUUUUUCUGGGAUGACAAAAUUGUACAUUCAAAGUCGACGGGGCAGGACUAGAUCAAGCAAAUUAGAAUCAUUCUUUUGGAGGUUAGGUUGGGAAUACUUGAUUAAAUUGUUGUCUAGAUUUUAAGUACAAUCAUGUAUUUUAGUUUUGUAAAUCAGAUUUUGGUUUGAUCUAUAGUAGUAUGAUAGAAUCAUGAAUUUUACAAUUAAA